CUGAAGGGAGCGUCGUGGGGCAUCCGUGUGCUGAGCCGCAUCUCGGAGGUGGUGCCGGAUGGAGCGAGCCAUUCGGAUGCCUUUGAGAUCAACUGGGUGAAGAAGGCGCUGGAGGAGGGGGACAUCCAUGCGCGGCUUCUCCACUGGCGCUUCCGGUACGAGAAGAGGCACCGUGAGGGCAACCUGGACCCCGGCACUGAGUUGCAGGCAAUCAGGGACAUGCGGGAGAUGUGCCUCACCGGAUACUACCCAGCGGCACUCACCCUCUCACACUUCCUGGCUACGUCAAGAUGUCCUCAAAUCCAAGGUCUGCCAGAGAUCCGUGAGUUCCUCCAGAGCAGCCCCCCCUCCCGCACGUACUAUGCCCUCCGGUACCAGCAGCAGGUGACGCCCCACAUGCACCACGUCCUGGUUGACUGGCUGUGUGAGGUGGCCAACAUCAGGCUGCACUCCUCCCACAUCCUCCACGCUGCCACUCAGAUUGUGGAAGCCUACUUGAGCAUGGAGCAGGUGACUUGUAACCAGCUGCAGCUCAUUGGCAUCACUGCUGUCUUGCUGGCCACCAGGUUCAAGCCGGGGGAGUGUAUCUUGACAGUGACGGAGGCGUGCUGGAUCACAGAUGACACUUACUGCUACGGCCACGUGGUACGCACCAUUGGACACAUCAUGGCGGCACUCAGGGGCAACGUGGCACUCCCUACAAUUCUUGACUACGCCACUGUGCUGCUCAAGUGUGUAAGGGCGCCUCCCGUCACUCAGGAAUGGGCCAGGUUCGUGUGUGACUUGGCCACCACCUGCGCCUUCCCUCCCAAGACCACGCUGGCUCAGAUUGCUGCCUCCUGUGUCAUGCUGGGCUUCAUCCUGGCCCGCCUCCCAUGGCCCAACCUGGUUUCGAUAACAGGGUUCACCCACACCAUGCUGGUUCAGCCACUCGUCAUCAUAUAUAGCAAAAACUUUGUAGGGGAAGGGAACAAGUGUCAGAGGCGAGGAAUCUCAGACCGGUACAGCCUCACCUCCUUCAGUGCAGAGCAGGUGGGGAUGCAGCCAAUGCCCAGCCUGGAUGAGAUGCUGCAGGUGCUCUCUCUCUCCAUUGAUGAGUACAUGGAUAUUGUGGCCGAACAUCUCCUAUUCACAGAUGACGUUGACACGGAAUCUGGGGCUCCGAAGUGCAGCGUGAGGACCUGCCCCCCUCAGCCCACUGCCAGGCCCUCCCUACACCACCUGCCAGGCCCACACAACCUGCCUCCAAGACCUGCUGGGGGUGAUGCACAGCUGCACCCUGACCUACCCAGCGGCGGCGGCGGUGGUGCCAGGAGCAAGACUAGUGGUAUGAGUGGGCAGUGGCGAGGCAGUGAGCCCUCCAGGGACGGCCACAGCAGCAGUAUGGAUUACAGUGACAGUGAAUCAGGGAGUGCCAGUGUGUCGCCAGUCUGGGAAAACACACAUUUGAGGACUAGCAAGGUAGAGGCCAUUGUGGACGGCUCUAAGGCCACCGGUGCUCUCGGCCAGUGCCAGCAGGACCAGGCUGGGGUGAUGCUACCUCCCACACAGCACAGACACUUAGAAUUGCAAGAACACAAUGUCAUACCGAGAGAGGUGGGCGGGGAGAACCUCAGUGAGACGACAGACAGCGAGGAGAGCGCGGACCUCCUCCCUGAAGCCUGCGAGGGUCCUGGGGCGAAGAAUGCACGCGUUAACCUCAAGCGUAAGUUGGAGAAUGCGUCCGAGAGCGAGAGAUCGGAAAAAUACCUCAUUCGUGAUGUGGGAAACCUGCAGCUGGGGUGAGGCGGCCCCUGGCUUGAGUUUAUGUUGUUGUGUUUGGAGGAGGGAAGCAGGGGUGUGUCUUCCAGCCAUGGGGGGGAAGGGAUGUGUUUUCUUUGGAGUGUUAGGGCUUGUGCGUGUCCCUGUCACUCGCUGGUGUUGGACGGAAGAACUCUCACGGACCAGGAUGUUUGUAAAUUUACCCAACGAUUAACAUGCAUAUAAUCUGAAAUUUAUUUUGUACUUUGUGAUUUUUAGUUUCGUGGAUGAGAUGUUUGGUAGGUGUGUGUGUGUGUGUGUGUGUGUGUGUGUGUGUGUGUGUGUGUGUGUGUGUGUGUGUGUGCAGCCAAGUGGAAGUGUGUGGGUCAGUCUGUCGCCCUGACCACUGCAACAAUCAGUUAAGAUAAUCAUUUUCUCAUAAUUUUGCAACUGGAAAGUACAUAAUAAAGUCUCUGAAAAAGAUA